CGUCGAGAGAUUCCUCCGUUCUUCGCUCGUGUGCAUACCAGUCCGCUCUCGUGCUAGCUGGUCGGCUGCGGUCAGGAUGGCCGGCGGCGCGGUGGUGAACACCGGAGGGGGCAAGGACUACCCCGGCAAGCUCACCAUGUUCGUGCUCUUCGCCUGCAUCGUCGCCGCCACCGGCGGCCUCAUCUUCGGAUACGACAUCGGAAUCUCCGGUGGCGUGACGUCCAUGAACCCCUUCCUCAUCAAGUUCUUCCCGGGGGUGUACCGGCAGGAGCAGGAGGCGGAGCGCAACCAGAGCAACCAGUACUGCAAGUUCGACAGCCAGCUGCUCACCAUCUUCACCUCCUCGCUCUACCUCGCCGCGCUCGUCGCGUCCUUCUUCGCCGCCACCGUCACACGAGUCGCCGGACGCAAGUGGUCCAUGUUCGCCGGCGGCGUCACCUUCCUCGUCGGGGCCGCGCUCAACGGCGCCGCCAACAACCUGCUCAUGCUCAUCCUCGGACGAGUACUCCUCGGGAUCGGCGUCGGCUUCGCCAACCAGUCGGUGCCGGUGUACCUGUCGGAGAUGGCGCCGGCGAGGCUGCGCGGGAUGCUCAACAUCGGCUUCCAGCAGAUGAUCACCCUCGGCAUCCUCUGCGCCAACCUCAUCAACUACGGCACGGCCAAGAUCAAGGGCGGCUGGGGGUGGCGCGUCAGCCUGGCGCUCGCCGCGGUGCCGGCCGCCAUCAUCGCCCUCGGCUCGCUCUUCCUCCCCGACACCCCCAACUCCCUCAUCGACCGCGGCUACACCGACGAGGCCAAGCGCAUGCUCCGCCGCGUUCGCGGAACCGACGACGUCGAGGAGGAGUACGGCGACCUGGUGGCCGCCAGCGACGAGUCCAAGCUCGUCGCCCACCCGUGGCGCAACAUCCUGCAGCGCCGCUACCGGCCGCAGCUCGUCUUCGCCGUCGCCAUCCCCUUCUUCCAGCAGCUCACGGGCAUCAACGUCAUCAUGUUCUACGCGCCGGUCCUCUUCAAGACGCUCGGCUUCGCCGACGACGCGUCCCUCAUGUCCGCCGUCAUCACGGGCCUCGUCAACGUCUUCGCCACCUCCAUCUCCAUCGUCACCGUCGACCGCCUCGGCCGCCGCAAACUCUUCCUGCAGGGCGGCGCCCAGAUGCUGGCGUGCCAGAUCGUCGUCGGCGCCCUCAUCGGCGCCAAGUUCGGCUUCACCGGCGUCGCCGACAUCCCGAAGGGCUACGCCACCUUCGUGGUGCUCUUCAUCUGCGCCUACGUCGCAGGCUUCGCAUGGUCCUGGGGCCCGCUCGGCUGGCUCGUCCCCAGCGAGAUCUUCCCGCUGGAGAUCAGGUCGGCCGGGCAGAGCAUCACCGUGUCCGUGAACAUGUUAUGCACCUUCAUCAUCGCGCAGGCGUUCCUCCCCAUGCUCUGCCGAUUGAAGUUCAUGCUCUUCUUCUUCUUCGGCGCCUGGGUGCUCGUCAUGACCUUGUUCGUCGCCUUCUUCCUCCCGGAGACCAAGAACGUGCCCAUCGAGGAGAUGGUGCUCGUAUGGAAGUCGCACUGGUACUGGAGCCGCUUCAUCCGCGACGAGGACGUGCACGUCGGCGCAGGCGUCCAGAUGCACUCCAACGGCAAGAUCCAGGCCGCCAAGCUCAACGUCUAGCACGAAACAUCUUCGCCAAUAAGCUAGCUGCUACAAUCCGAGGACUCAAACCCAGAAAUGUUUUUUUUUCAUUUUCUGUAUUAUUAUAACCUGCCAUAUACCUAGCCAGGACGAUGACGAACAGUCAGUCUGUCACUAGUCUUAUUUUCUUCGUCUUCUUCUUUCAAGUUUGGUUCUCCCGAAUACUGUAGUGCCAUUUGUGGCUUGAAGAAAAUAUAAAAUGGAAUUAUGGAUGCAAGUUGGAUCA